GCCGAGGUUCGGGAGCGGACGCGGUCCGGUCCGGUCCGGUCCGGGUCGGGUCGGGGAUGGUGCUGGAGGCUCUGAGGCCGCGGGUGGUGCGGUGGGCGCUGCUGGCCGCCUUCGCCGCCGGGGUGGCUGUGGGCUGGCAGGCGGGCCGGGCGCGCCGCCGCUUCCUGCGAUGGCGCCAGCGCUGCCUCCAGCGCCGCCUCGCCGCCGCUCAGGAGAAGCUGGAAGCGGCCUAAAGUUCCGCCGGGAAUGCCCCCGGUCUUGGCGGCGCGAUCCGGGUGGCUCCUCCGGUGGUGGAAGCGCUGCUGGGAAAGGACAGCAUCCCUGGGAUAGCAGGGCUGCCGGCUGGGCGGUGUCCUUGUGGGAGGAAUGUCGGACUUGUCUUUACGAGGGAGCUGCGGAUCUGCUGCUGGAUGGGACUAGAGCCGAGAGAUGAAAGAUUCCGCCGAUGGAUGAAUGGGGGAGAAAAGGAUGUUUGCCUUUACAGACGAACCGGAGGUUUGCUGACAAAUGAAAUUGGAUGUUGAAAGGUGAAGGAAGAGAUGGGGGUGGGGGAAACCGCGGAUUCUGUAAGAAUUAAAAAAUGAAAAGGGAGGGUUAUGCAUCAGAGGGGAAUCUCAGGAAUCAGGCGUUCUGGGAAGUCUGUGCCUCUCAAGUACCUCAGCCCAUGGGGAAAGAGAGAGGGAAUUGCGGCCGGGAAAAUAGGAUAAAAAGGAGGCUGCGUCCUCCAAAAAUUUGAGCGAUCCCAGGGGAAUGCCCCACGGGCUCUCCCUUUAUUCAAAUAAAGCAGGAAGGACUCCUCUCUCUCCUUUUUGGACAUAAACCUCCGGUGUUUGUGGAUUAAUUUUCCUGACAUUUGGAAUAGCAGUGCGGGCACAGAGGAUAGCAUC